CCCGCCGACGAACCGGGCUUCACCUCGAUCGUGGACAACCCGCCCGUGCUGAUCCGCUCGGGCCGGAAACACAACUACCUCGGGCUCUCGAUCCUGGCCGCGAUCCCGAUCAUCUCCUUCGGACUGGGCUGCUGGCAGGUGCAACGGCUGGGGUGGAAAUCGGAGCUCAUCGCCAAGUUCGAGGACCGGCUCAUCCGGGAGCCGCUCCCCCUGCCGCCGCGCAUCGACCCGGACGCGAUCAAGGAGUUCGACUAUCGCAGGGUGUACGCGCAGGGGAAAUUCCGGCACGAUCAGGAGAUGUUGAUCGGGCCGCGGCUGCACGACGGCAAGGAUGGGUAUCUGGUGGUCACGCCACUGGAGCGCACCGAUGAGCCGUCCGAGAAGGGCGAGAGGGCGGAUCGGGGCAGCACGACCAUCCUCGUCAACCGCGGCUGGAUCCCCAAGGACAAGGCCUCGCGGGAAUCCCGACCGGAGGGCCUGCCGACCGGGGACGUCGUGGUGCAAGGCCUGCUCCGCGAACCCUGGAAGAAGAACAUGUUCACGCCGGAGAACGUGCCCGAGGAUGGGAAGUGGUAUUUCCCGGAUGUGGCGCAGAUGGCGCGGCAUACGGGGAGCCAGGCGGUGUGGAUCGAGGAGACGAUGAAGUCGGAUCUGUUGCUGGCGUAUGACCGCGAGGCGAAGGGCGUGCCGUUGGGACGGGCGGCGGAGGUGAACCUGAGGAACAAUCAUACACAGUACAUUUUCACAUGGUUCUCGCUCAGUCUCGCGACGAGUAUCAUGAUGUGGAUGGUCAUCAAGAAGCCGGUCCGUGGUCCGCGACAGAAUCGGGGAUGGUGA